AAGGCAGAGUAUCGUAUGAUAGCAAUCAGUUAUAUCCCGGAUUGUGUGAGAGUUUUAUUUAAGUUUCACUAUAUGUGUCUUCUUUCAGUGUCUGUAUGAUGCAGAAUCAUUCAGUAUGUUUCAAAGAAUUUGUAUGAACUUGUUUAGAAAGCAAAGUUCGGAAAUUAAUAUUAAAUGUAGGUGUGGUGCAACAUUUCAAGGAAAUGCAGAAGCAAGACACCAAAGAAAUCUAUUGUUCACCAAAGAAAAGCAACGACAACGGGAGAACAUAGGACGAAUAGAAAAAAUUGAAGUACAAUAUACAGGGACCCCAGAAGAUGUGACAUUAAUGAUGAACAAGGGCAUCUCUACCCCAUUUAAUUGUGCACAGCACAUGUCAGAGAUGCUUAUGCAGCGUUCAGCAUUGGCCCUGAUAGAUGACACAACACUGUGGGAUAUGAAUCAUCCAUUGGAAGCAGACUGCCAGCUCCGACUCUUGCAUUUCAGAGAUCCUGACCCAUAUCAUGUGAACAAAGCUUUCUGGAGGUCUUGUUCCAUGCUUUUAGGAGCUAUGGCUGAAAAUGUCUUCAAAGAAGAAGUGCAUGUUGAACUACAUAGCUUCCCUUCACCUAAUGUGAAGACUGGCAGUUUUGUGUAUGAUGUGAACAUAGGCCUAGACAAUUGGCAGCCUUCACAGGAUGAGCUCCGCAUAAUGUCUAGUCAGAUGGUGACUUUGUGCCAGAAAAACCUUAAAUUUGAAAGACUGGAAGUAAAUGUAGACUUGGCACUAGAAAUGUUUAAAGGCAACAAGUACAAGAGGGAACAGAUUCCACAUAUAGCGUCACAGAUAUCAGAAGGAAAAACGGUAGUUUUGUAUCGUGUUGGUGACCACAUAGAUUUGAGCAGAGGCCCCAUGGUGGGGGACACCAGUUUUGUGGGAAAAUGCACCGUGACAGCUGUACAUCAAAUUGAGACUGAACAGGGCAUACUGUAUCGAUUCCAAGGUGUAGCAUUGCCCAAAGGCUUUUUGCUGAAUCAUUUUGCGUAUGGAAUUCUUGAAGACAGAGCAAAGAAAUUGAAUCCUGGUCGACUUCCUAGUGCUCCUUCUCAUGUGUCUGAUGUCUUCCAGCCAGCUUCAGAAGCUAUGUCUCUGUAGAUAUGAAGCGCACAGUAUUCUACAACAGCGACUUACAUACAAAUGAGAAAAUCUUCUGAAAGUAAGCAUACUGUUUACCUGUCUGUAGCAAUGAGAUAAACAUAUCCUGAUAAUAAAUAUCUACAAUGUUUUUAAAAGAAGUUCUGCUUAUUGUACCUGUAUGUAAAAAGAUAACAAUUUAAUAGUUAUCUCUAUUAUGAGAAUUAAUUUCUUUCCUUGUCAGUGAGUCAGCUGGAACAUGGGAAGCCCUUGGAAUAGAUUUUUCUCCAAACAUUUUGUUAAGGAAUCACAAUGCUGCUUCCAUUUCCAUGCAUGUAUUCAGUUGGGUGUGAGAAAUAACUUCCCGUGCAUUUUACAAUCAGCAGUCAGAAAACUGCAAUAACUUGUACAGUAAAUUCCCCAUUAUCUAGCAUAUACAGGAAAUUGGGUCUGCCAACUACAUGAAUAAAACUCUUGCAGGAACCCAAUACAAAGUUAAACAACAUGUUUUCACUUUCAUCUUGCAUGGAAGUCUUCCUAGGCAGCAUAGCAGAUUGAUGGGUUCAAGAUUUUGGAUAUAUGUACUGUAACACAUUUGACUAACCUCUGCUGUAAUUUCACUUGCAUAAGGAAGGAUUAGGGGCAGUGCAUCUAGUGGCAGCUGGGAGACCCACCAUGGGUUGGGUGAAUAUAAUGAAAAUUGCAAAUUUGUUUUUGAAUAACCUUACAGAAUUUUUACAUUUUCUUUGUAAUUUUUGUCAGCUGGAUGAGAAUUUCAGAUGCUUGGAUCCUGGAUAACCAGGGGUUUACUGCAGUAAGAAUAAUAUGCAACAAAUAACUGUAUAUGCUAUACUUGUAGGGAGCAGGCAUUCAUAUAAAAUAAAAUUCCUUCUCUUACCCUGUUUCCUUCUCACUUCUCUGAGGUCAUUAAUUGGAGGCUGUAUACAGUAUUCUUAUGUUUACUGCUGUUUCAUUGCUAGUCAACCAUAACAAUAUGCAUGCCAAUCAUGGACCAGUGCAUGGA